AUGGACCAGCAGAACCAAUCUGGGGUCCCCGGACCAGCUGGUCGAAAGCUGCAUAUCGCUCACAGACGGAGCCCAUCUGAGCUUACCCCUCUUAUGAUGGAACAACUGGCGAUCCAGCAGCAAAUCGAGCUGCUUCAGCAGCAACAACAGCAGAUUGCAGCCACGCACCAGCAGUAUGUCAAUAUGGGCCUAUUGCAACCGCAGCAGAUUGGCCAGGCUUCGGGUUUCACGCCUUCUCUCCAGGGUGGCGGUGCGGCCAUAGGCGGAGUCUCUCAGCAACAGCUCGGUGCCUUCCAAUUCCCUGGGGUUGCGCAACAACAGCAGCUUGGAAUCCCCGGAAACGCUUCGAAUCAGCAUUCCCACCGCCGUAAUCAAUCGGCCCUUCCGGGCUUCGGCAUGGGUGGCCCUCCUCCAGCUCCAUCCUCGGGGGCUUCUGGCUAUUCGGACUACAACCAACAACAGCAGGGCAAUUUCCAAAAGAAUGAUAACGGCGGUCAUGGUCGCGGCCGUGGAGGCCCUCCCGGCGGUGGUCACCAGCGACGCCAUUCUCUUGCUCUUCCGGAGGCCAAAAAGGCCGCAGAGCUCGCUCAGCAGAAACGCGCGGCAUCUGGGUUCCAGUUCCCUGCCCCCUCCGGUGACUCGUCUGAGGGCCCUUCUACCUCCGACGACAAACCAUCUACCCCAAACACAGCACAGUCGGCGCAAGGAUUAGGCCUCCACCGCGCCGGUAACAUCAGAGCGAGUGCUCAUGGCCGCAGUCAGUCUAUGGCUGUUGGUGGAAAUCGUGGCUCCCUGUCUGGUCGUGGCCCGGGUGGUUUCCAGUUCCCUGCCAAUGAUGGUUCCGCUGGUCCUGAGAACCAACGCCGUGGAAGCCAAGCUUCCCACGCUCGGACACCAUCCAGGAAUUUCGACGGUAACUGGCGCCAGCCUAACAACCAAGCUCAAGCCCAGGAUCAGUCAAAGGGCCUCGGCCAGCAGAACUCUGGGUUCCAACCUGGACAUCGUGCACGCGCGUCAAUGAACCAGUCGAUUGGCUCGAUUGGCUCAUUCCAAUACCCCGGCCAGCCUCAGUUGAUUCAACUGCCCCAAGGCCAGGUCGUCAUGGCCCCCCCUCAGAUGUUCGGCGGAGCUCAACAGUUGAACCCCCUGCAACUAGCCCAGCUCCAAGCUCUGCAACAGGGUGGGCAGCUGAACGGUCAGGGCUUAGGUGGUCUCCAGGCUAGUCAACACGCUCCCCAGCCGCUAUCUGCUCAGCAAACCCAACAACAACAGCAGCAGCAGAGGAAAACUCUGUUCACGCCUUACCUUCCCCAGGCCAACCUUCCUGCGCUCUUGAGCAAUGGUCAACUUGUCUCAGGUAUUCUCAGAGUGAACAAGAAGAACCGUUCCGAUGCCUACGUUACCACGCCAGACUUGGAUGCCGACAUUUUCAUCUGCGGUAGUAAGGAUCGAAACCGUGCUCUUGAAGGCGAUUUCGUGGCUAUUGAACUUCUCGAUGUUGAUGAAGUCUGGUCCCAGAAGCGGGAGAAGGAAGAAAAGAAGAAACGCAAGGACAUCACCGAUGCCAGGUCUGGUAGCAAUGCUGGAACAGACAAGAUGUCCCGUUCUGACUCGACUGGAGACCGCCAAGAGAUUGGACCUGACGGUAGCAUUCGCCGCCGGGGCAGUCUCCGACAGCGUCCGACUCAGAAGAAGAACGACGAUGUCGAGGUUGAGGGCCAGAGCCUGCUCCUGGUUGAAGAAGAUGAAAUCAGUGAUGAGCAGAAACCACUUUAUGCUGGCCACGUCGUCGCCGUCAUUGAACGUAUCGCUGGCCAGAUGUUUUCUGGUACACUUGGCCUCCUCCGCCCUAGCAGCCAAGCAACGAAGGAGAAGCAGGAAGCUGAGAGGCUUGCAAGGGAUGGCGCCCAUGGCCGCCAACAAGAUAGACAGCAGGACAAGCCCAAGAUCGUUUGGUUCAAGCCUACCGACAAGCGUGUUCCCUUAAUUGCAAUCCCCACUGAGCAAGCUCCGCGCGAUUUUGUCGAGAAGCAUCAAGAUUACGCCAAUCGCAUCUUCGUCGCAUGCAUCAAGAGAUGGCCCAUCACCUCGCUGCAUCCCUUUGGUACUUUGGUCGAACAAUUGGGUGAGAUGGGUGACUUGAAGGUUGAAACCGAGGCGCUCCUCCGCGACAACAACUUUGGCUCCGAUGAGUUCACUGACGCCGUCUUGAAGAGCAUUGGCUGGGAAAACUGGUCGAUCGCUAGUGAAGGCGAUCUGUCUUCCCGUCGGGACUUCCGCCAGGAAACUACAUUUACUGUUGAGCCGAGCGGAACCAAUGAGCUCGAUAACGCCUACCACUUCAAGACUCUGCCGGACGGGAAGGUAGAGAUUGGCAUCCACGUCACCGAUAUCGCUCACUUCGUCAAAGCCAAUUCGCUGGUUGAUCGAGAGGCGAAGAAACGUGGUACUGCCGUCUAUCUUGUUGAUCGUCUGGUGAAACUGCUACCCCCGCGUAUCGCGACUGAACUAUGCGCUUUGCUCCCAGGUGAGGAGCGCUUGACAGUCAGUGUCGUAUUCAAGGCCAACCCCGAAACGGGAGCCGUUGACGACGAUGUUUGGAUCGGCAAGAGUAUCAUCAAGAGUGUUGGUAGACUGAGUUACGAUGAGGCUGAAUCCGUGAUCAAGGGAUCAUCCAAUGCUCCAUUGGCAGGUGUUCCAGUUGAUACCAUUCGUGGACUACAGCGCACCGCCUCUAAGUUCCGCGAAGCGAGACUUGGAAAUCGGGUUUCCCAGAUUCCUCCUCUACGCCUACUCCAUUCCCUGGACGACGAGAAUGUGCCGGUGGAGAGCAACAUUUUCGACUCUUCGGCCGUUCGUGAGCUUGUGGAGGAACUGAGCUUCAAAGCGAACUUCCUUGUUGCCCGCAAGCUGCUUGCAGCUCUCCCCGACAAAGCUUUCCUUCGCCGUCAGCAGUCACCUAACCCUCGUCGUCUCCACUCAUUUGUCGACCGCAUGAACAGACUCGGGUUUGGGCUCGACGAGUCCAGCAGUGGAAGCUUGCAGAGUAGUCUUUGCAAGGUUCAAGACGAUGAUCUGCGCAAGGGAAUGGAGACAAUUUUCGUGAAGUCCAUGCAGCGUGCGAAGUACUAUGUUGCGGGCACCGUCCAGGACGAACUGCGUCCUCACUAUACCCUCAACCUACCCGUCUACACUCAUUUCACUAACCCAUUGCGCCGCUAUGCUGAUGUUGUCGUCCAUCGCCAACUCGAGGCUGCAUUAUCUGAUGGCGCUAUCGAGUUCACGGAUGACAUUGAAUCCCUCAGCAAGACCGCAGAUAUCUGCAACAACAAGAAGGAUUCUGCGCACAAUGCCCAGGAGCAGAGCGUUCACAUUGAAGCUUGUCGCAGUAUGGACAAACUCCGCCAAGAAAUUGGUGGUGACCUUAUCAGCGAAGGUAUUGUGCUUUGUGUCUACGAGUCCGCAUUUGAUGUUCUCAUUCCCGAGUAUGGUUUCGAGAAACGUGUUCACUGCGACCAGCUACCCUUGAAGAAGGCAGAGUAUCGCAAGGAGUCUCGUGUCCUGGAACUCUACUGGGAGAAGGGCGUGCCUUCGUCAGCCUAUAUCCCGGAGGAUGAACGUCCUAAGCCGGCCAACUCUCGUGCUGCCCAGGCCGCAGCAGCCGCAAGAGAGGCCGAAGCCGCUCGUGAACGGGCCAGGGAAAGAGAGGAAGCUCUGAGAAAGCAGACCGAGACCGGAACAAUGUCCGCUGACGAUGUUGAUGCUCUGUUCGACGAUGAUGAUGACGUCUCCGAGGUUACGGAAAUGGCAGCUGGCGUCUCGUUGAACUCCGCAGACCGCUCAACUCAGAGCAUGCCGCCGUCGCCCACUCGCAACGGUCAUUUGCCCCAAGGUCCUCAGCGCACGCUUUCGGACCCCAAGAUUGCCACCAACACCGCCGAUGCCCCUGAGGCUAAGCUUACUAACAAGGAGAAGUACCUCCGCCUCUUCAAGCUUCGGGAAGAGGGAGGCGAGUACAUCCAAGACGUGACGGAGAUGACUCGCGUACCCAUCAUUCUGAAGACCGAUCUGAGCAAGAGUCCUCCUUGUCUCACCAUCAGGUCUGUCAACCCCUACGCACUGUAG